CAGAUUCAAGAAUGCGGAAGCGGCGCAACAAAAACGCCGUGAAGUCGCGUGCCCGUUACACCGGAGAAGAUGUCUCAUGUCGUUAAGAAAAGAAAAUUGGACAAAACCCGCCAGGAGCGCCUGUACUUCGACAGCUACACCGAUGUGACCAUCCACGAGGAGAUGAUAGCGGACCACGUCCGCACCAACACGUACCGGACGGCCAUACUGCGGAACAGCGAGUCCAUACGGGGCAAAGUCGUGCUGGACGUCGGGGCGGGCACCGGCGUGCUGAGCGUCUUCUGCGUCCAAGCCGGCGCGAGGAAGGUCUACGCCGUGGAAGCCUGCUCCAUCGCCGAGCAGGCGGUGAGAAUAGUCCAGCAGAACAACAUGGCGGACCGCAUCGAGGUCAUCCGCGGCACGGUGGAGACGGUGGAGCUGCCGGAGAAGGUGGAGGUGAUCGUGAGCGAGUGGAUGGGCUACGCGCUGCUGCACGAGUCCAUGCUCAACUCGGUGCUCUACGCCCGCGACAAGUGGCUGAAGCCGGGCGGCGUCAUCCUGCCCAGCAAAGCCGAGCUCUACGUCGCGCCCAUCGGCGACCCGGUGGUGGAGGAGCGCUUGAACUUCUGGUACACCGUCAAGGACCAGUACGGCGUGGACAUGUCGUGCAUGUCCGACUUCGCCAGGCGGUGCCUCAUGAACACCGACAUCACCGUCAGCUCGGUGACGGUGGAGGACGUGCUCUCCCACCCGGCGCGCUUCGCCGAGCUCGACCUGUACUCGGUGACCGCGGAGCAGCUGCGCUCGGUGCGCGGCGAGUUCCGGUGCGAGUCGUUCGGCUCGGCGGCGGUGAACGCCUUCUGCGUCUUCUUCACGGUGACCUUCCCGUGCCCGGACCCGCCGCACGCGCUGCUGCUCUCCACGUCGCCGUUCAAGCCCGAGACGCACUGGAAGCAGGCGGUGCUGUACCUGGACGCCCCCGUGGACGUGGUGCAGGACACGGCGGUCCGCGGGGAGAUCAGCAUGUUCCCCUCGGAGGAGAGCGCGCGGCACAUCUGCAUCCACGUGGACUACGCCGUGGGCGAGCACAAGAGACAGUCCAAGACCUUCUCCAUCCCCGACUGGAGCGGGGAAGCCCAGUCGUAGUGGGGGGGUAGUGUUACAGUCCCAAUCACCGGCCCCCCCUCGUUGUCCCCACGAGGACAUAUAACCUGUGGAGGUGAAGCAGUGUGAGGACACGUUGGGUCCCGCUGGAGGAGAGACGCUGGGAAGGCCCUCAGCUGACACCUGUACAUACCAUGCCCAGUUGACCUUUGACCCAUUUCUUAAUAGUAUGGCCCAUAGACAUUUUUUUU